AUGAUCACGGCUGCAAGUGACUCGAGUUUGUCACUGCCAGUGGAAUCAAAAGGUGUCAAAGUCAUACAUGCUACUAUUGGUGGCCGGGAAGUGUCGCAGAGAGUGUUUGAUGACUGGAUUAAGGCUAUGCAUGAGGAGCCUGAGACGAAACGUUCACGACUACGAGACUCUGAUGAUAUCGUUGAGGAUCCUGCCGACUUGUCGAUGCUCAGUGGCCAAUGUGCGAGCUUGGAGAUCGAUGUGCCAUGCUAUGAUGAAUGUUGGCCGAGGGCAGCACCACCCGUUGAUGAUCCCAAGUCGGUCGAGAGUACUGUGAUGGUGGCGGAGACAGCUGGUGCCGACACGAUUUAUGGAAUGCUUGAUGAACUUGACGAUAUAUAA